AUGCACUCCCGGAAUCGAGCAAUAAACCCGAAUGCACGACAAGGAUCCCUGGGCCCUGCGCGGGAAUACGGGCCCGGUGAUGCGCUGGGUGGUUCUUUUUCCUUCUCUUCCCCCCUUGUCUUCCCCGCUGUCCUCCCUCGCGAUGAGGCGAUGCCGGCCCUUGGUGCCAUGUGUGCAACACCUCGUCCUGCCACGUGCAAAGACGCGAAUGCACACAUGCGCGCAGAAUACGGCGAGGUGCGCCGAUCCACUGCGACCAGACGUUUGCGCCUCUGCAUCCUCGAUGCAAGCCAGGCGUAUCUCCCUUGCGCUCUGCAGACUGCCGGCUGCUCCGCGUCUGCCCCGACCCGUGCGCUUCUCUUGUCCGGCUCGGGAUCGCACGCCCAUCCUUUAACGUCCACUGCGGCAUCCCAGGAAGUCAUUGGAUAUCACGCUGCCACCCAACAGCGCCCCGAGGUGGAUCUAACGCGGCACACGUCGCAAUUUGGACGAGCACGAUCGGUGGCGCACAGACGGUCCUGGACGAGUGGCCUCAGUGGAUCGAUUCGGGAAGGCGAGCGUUGCGUGGGCCAAGUCGGUGGUUGGGACAAGGCGGACCUCGGACGGACGACGUCUGAGCGACGGAGUGCCUGCAGGGUCUCUCGAUCGCACGCGUGCGAUUCCUGUCCGGACCCUAUACUGCUAUAUUCUGUUCGUGUCAGCACACUCGACUCACCCGCGCAUCUGCCUCUGCAUUCGGCGCAAACUCUCCCUCCACCCUCCCAACGUCUUCUGAUGCCUGGAAGUCUGGUGGGGGCUACCAGCGCGCCUCUCCUGCCUAUUCUGAAUUCAGGGCUCACGUUCUGGCGUCCAGACGAGGAUGCGUGA